AUGAUGGAGGUUGAGUCCUCCUACUCGGACUUCAUCUCGGGUGACCUAGGCCAUCAGGAUGAAGUCCCUGACAUCCAGGGUGACUCAGACCAGAGCGGGCAGAAGCUAGCUGGAGACAUAGGCGAGCUGGGACCCAAGAGGGAAGGACAGGCAUCGGGAAGUACCCCAGAUAAGGAAGCCAGCAGCCAGCCUGAGAGCAGUGAUUUCAACACCUCAACUCAGUCUGGCCUUGGUCCUAGAGGCUAG